UUGUACAACUUGUACAUUUUAACUUUCCCUUACAACCCGCCAGCAGAUUUAUUAGGUGUGGCAAGGAAGUUCCUGAGAACCUAGCUCACAGUUUCCCCGAAGAUUAAAGAAGAACUGAGUCCACUGCAGCUGCUUAGUUAGCUACAGUAAUUUCGCCAAAAUUUUGUUUCACUCUUGUGCUACGUAGUUUCUUUUUUGUGCAAACACCCAUAAAACCAACACAGAAUGGAAAGAGGAGACUUUGUCCUCAAGGCCAAACUGGCUGAGCAAGCUGAGCGUUAUGAUGACAUGGUGGCUUGUAUGAGGGAGGUGACCAAGGCUGGUGGCGAACUCUCAAAUGAGGAAAGGAACUUGCUGUCUGUCGCCUACAAGAAUGUGGUUGGCACACGCAGGUUGGCCUGGCGGGUCAUAUCCAACGUUGAGAGCAAUUCAGAAGAAAGUGACAAAAAGCCUGAAGUGGUAAAAGAAUACCGGGAGAAAGUGGAGAAUGAACUAAGAGAUAUCUGCAAAGAUGUACUGGACCUGCUGACUAAAUAUCUAAUAAAAAAUUCUACAAAUAAUGAGAACAAGGUCUUUUACCUGAAAAUGAAGGGAGACUAUUUCAGAUACCUUGCUGAAGUGGCUCCGAAAGAUGAUAAAACUGCUGUAACUGACUCUCAGAAAGCCUACCAAGAGGCAUUCGAUCUGAGCAAGAAAGAGAUGAAGUCAACACACCCGAUCCACCUGGGCCUCGCCCUAAACUUCUCUGUCUUCUACUACGAGAUUCUUGGCUCUCCGGAGAAAGCUUGCAACCUUGCAAAAGAGGUACUUGAAAAAGCCACAGAGGAUGCAAGUUCCGUUAGUGACGAAUCUUUUAAUGACAGCGCCAUCAUCAUACAGCUGCUAAGAGACAACCUCUCAUUAUGGACAGCUGAUACUGGAGAGGAGAAUGAAGAAAAGCAGAGCUGAAGAUUCACUGCCUUCUGAUUACUUUAGAGGGAAAAAUAAUCAAAUAGGAUGAAUUUAUUUUUUUUAAUCCAUCAUACAACACAGUUGUCUAGUGCACAUCAGUGCUGCUAUUUAAGUCAUGUUGUGGCUUACGGCUUACACACCAAUCAGCAGCAACAUUAACACCACCACCAGCUAAAUUGAAUAACAAUGAUUAUCAAUUAUAUACCAGUAAAUAAGUAACAAGUACAUGGACACCCCUGCCUCAUUUUUGCCUGUGGGGACCAAAUGCUUGUCUGGUCCAAUCUCACAGACACAGUGCAACACAAAUUACUGAGAAAAGUUAAUGCUGGCUGUGGCAUAAAUGUAUCAGUACACUUAAUGCAUUACAGCUUGCUGUGGGUCUUAGCAGGUAAAGAGUCCAAGGUUGUUGAUCUCGCCUCCAAAUUCCCCAGAUUUCAAUAAAAAAAAUAUCCAUGAUAUGUGCUGGACAAACAAGUCUGAUCCAUGGAGGCCCCGCUUUGCAAUUUAUAGCACUUAAAGGAUCUGCUGCUAACAUCCUGGAGCACACCACACCACACUACAGUACACUUUCAAAGGUCUUGUGGAUUCAUGCCCGAGGGGUCAGUGCUGUUUUGGUGGCACAGGCUACCUAAAAACUAGGUGGUUUUAAUUUUAAUGGUUUUAAUGUUAUGUCUGAUUGAUGUACCAUUGUUAGUAGUUUGUAAUUCUCCUAAUUAUCCCAGUGGAUUUUACUUUAACGUUUAAAUAGUGUGUUUUUCCUACUGUUUAUAUGUGCAUGUGGUGUAAUAUGAUAAUUUUAUAACGGCAUUAGCCAUGAUGUGGUGAGUUUUCCUUUUGUCAUUUCUUAAUGGGGAACAAAUGCUGACCUUAUUUUCUCUUCAGAAUAUCAGGGAUAAACUGUAUGUUUCAUCUGUACUUAUGCAACUACUCUAUGAUAUUUAAAAGUCCUAACUGCCUGGUCACAUACACAACACAAAAACCCACAUGAAAACAACCGCCAUAACAGAAAUUUAGAAUAUCAAAACAUGAAUUAAAACAUUUCCAAAAACA